AUGCGUGUGAAGAAACUAAACGUGAAUCGGCGUAACAAACCAGGGGAAGACGAGCGGGACCUGACGGCUGCAGACGGUGAGCAUUGCAAGUGGGUAAGUCCAUCUAAACCUCAGCGUGGAGCAGCUGCCAGUGGCGGCAAGAGCAGCGGUUCGAGUAGUCCUACGGACGUCGAGCAGCAGCAACAGCUCUCGAGUGGUCAACUGGCAUCGCAGUUUCACACUUGCAACAGCCGUUCAUUUUACGCAGUGGGUGGCGUCGCACUGAAGAUCCACGCAGGGGCGCCAGAUACUGUGGAGAUGACAGUGGCAAAUCCGUUACGAAAGGAGCUGGCUGACCGAAUUGCCGAGAUUUUGCGAGUAAUGAAGCCUCACGCACCUGAUACGGUGCUAUCUGCGCUGCCUAGACUGGCGCUGCAUAUUGAGAAGGCACUGUUUAAAGAAGCUAAUAAUGAGAAGGAGUACUUUGAUCUGUCAACGCUGCAUAGUCGCAUCAUCCGCAUUCAGGAAAACAACCUCAAGAAGCUACUAGAUCAACAGCAGCGGUCACAACCUCUUACAACCGAGCAGAGUGGUGGUUCAGCCAGAGCCCCUACUCGACUACUGACCGAGGAGCAAGCUCGCGUUAUCUUUCGGCACCUGCAAAUGUGGCGCCGAAAGCUUGUUGACAUGUAUGGCGUGGCGCCCUGGGAUAUUUUACCAAAUUCUACGCUGGCUAAAGUGGCAUUUUACAUGCCAGCUACUGAGGAGGAGCUCUCGACGUGCGGUGUAGGAAAUGAGCAAGCCGCGCGCUUCGGGUCAUCAUUGGUGCGGGUGCUAAAUCAUUGUCAAAUUACAGUCUUGAAAAAACAGCUGAACCCAUCCAUCGAUGCCAAGCAUGUCCAGAAAAUAGGUUUGGAGAAGCGCGGGUCUUCGAAACCGUCGGCUGUCGGUGCCAGUAAAAGGCGUAAAAAAGGUGAAGCUGUACAUUCGGCCCUAGAUUCAAGAUUAAAUGAAACCCCGUUGAUGGCCCCUGCUCCUCUGCUUCCUGCUGUGGACUCACUUCCGACCUUGUUACCGACAGCCUCAAUAAAUCCUAACGGCGCGACCAUAGCUCCCACGGCAUUACAGCAGUCGUCAUUUUCACCUGCAGCAUCAUCACAAUCAUCUUGCUGCCGCGGUCCUCAACAACAACCGUUUUUUGCACGGUUGCAGCCCCAACCGCAACAACCAAAGGAGCAGCAGCCAGAGAACCACAUGCACCUGCUUAUCCAAGGAGCAGGUCAACUUAGUAAGCAGCAGAAUGCCAAGAUCCUAGAGGCUUACGAACAGGAGGUUCAGUCACUGCGGUGGAUGCUACAUCAGUCUCAGCAGGAAAAGUUGCAGCUUGAAAUGGAGGUUCAUCGUUUGCGCACUGAGCUGCAGCGCACAAACUGUAGCAAAUAA